CUCUUUUUGCUCCUAUCUCGAUCGGUAAUUAGUCAUUAGGGGUCUGUUUCUGGAGAAAUUUCUGAAUCUCCGCCGUUUUGGUUCGAUACAGAUUCUGGGGUUUUGUUUUUUUUUUCGUUUUCUGUUUUUAAUUUUUUUUUUGUUUUCCCCCUCAGAGCCUUAAAAACCCUAAUUUGAUACAUUAGCUUAAGAACCUUCCAAUCGAUCCGUGUACAUUUUUUAAAAAAAAAAGUUGGUAUUUUUCGAUUGAUUUGACGAGUUUAAGAAGAUGCCUCCAAAGCAACAACCGAAGGCCGAUUUGGCGAAAAAGCAGAAACAAGUGGAAGACAAAACAUUCGGGCUUAAAAACAAGAACAAGAGCAAGAAUGUUCAGAAGUAUGUUCAGAGUCUCAAGCAAUCUGUUCAGCCUAAACCCGAUGCGAGUAAAGCUGCAGCAAAGAAAAAAAAAGAGGAAGAGAAAGCGAGAGAACAGGAAUUGAAUGAGUUGUUCAAGGUAGCGAUUAGUCAGCCGAAAGUUCCUGUAGGUGUGGAUCCCAAGUCCAUCCUGUGUGAGUUUUUCAAGGCUGGGCAGUGUCAAAAGGGAUUCAAGUGCAAAUUCUCUCAUGAUUUGAACAUUCAAAGGAAGGGUGAGAAGAUUGACAUUUACAGCGAUAAGCGUGAUGAAGAUGGAAACAUGGAGGAGUGGGAUCAAGAGACCCUUGAAAAGGUUGUGGAAUCAAAGAAAAAUGAAUAUAACCAGAAUAAGCCAACAGAUAUUGUUUGCAAGUAUUUUCUGGAUGCGGUGGAAAAGAAACAGUAUGGGUGGUUCUGGGCUUGCCCCAAUGGUGGCAAAGAGUGUCACUACAGACACGCUCUUCCUCCUGGAUAUAUCCUUAAAUCUCAAAUGAAGGCACUCUUGGAAGAGGAGUCACAAAAGAUGCCAGUUGAAGAAGAAAUUGAAAAUGAGCGUGCAAAACUGAAAACUGCAACACAAAUGACUCCUGCACUAUUUAUGGAAUGGAAGAGGAAGAAAAUAGCUGAGAGGGAUGCGGGUUUGGCUGCGUCUCAAGCGGAGAGAGCUAAGAACGACCGCAUGAGUGGUCGGGAGCUGUUUCUGUCCAAUGCAAGCUUGUUUGUGGAUGAUGCUGAGGCUUUUGAAGAAUACCAGAGGGAAAAAGAAGAGGAAGAGAUUGAACAGAAGGCAAAGAACAAAGAAACAGAGGCAGGGACAAGCAAGAGUAGUGGUGAUGCUGAACAGAGCUCGAAGGAAGUCGAUGAAGAUGACGAUGAUGAUGAUGAUUUAGACAUGGAUGAGCUUGAUGAAUUGGAAGCAAGCUUGUCGAAAACAUCGAUUCAGAUUCGUGAGCCAAGCAAUGAAAAUUCAUCUUGAGAUGGAAAUAUCUGUGGAGAGAGAGCACAUGUUUUGCUUUUGUGUACUUUCGAUAGAUUGGAUUUUGAAGACACAAGAAACCUAUUUCAGGUUUUGGAAUAAUCUGUUACUGUCUUAAAGAUCUUAAUGUCUCAUCAGUGACUUGUAGUGUCUUAUCUUUUCUUUUUCUUUAUUCUUCUUAAUGUUAAUCUUCU